AUUGUUGUCGACGACCGCAUUUUAUCUGUUACCUUUUUCCUCCCUCCUCGCCCCACCAUACAAACCGAACUUAAACCCAAACCCUCUAUUUAUCUUUCUAUCUGAAUUUAUUUUACAAUCCUUUAAUUUUUUCCAUUUAUAUUUCUCAAUCUUUUCUGGGUCGAAGUUGGAUUUGUGUGGCGAGGGCUUCUGCCAGCAGUUCAGAAAUCAUGCCGACGGUUUUGGCUCAGUCAAUUAAUUUACCUGGCCUAGUGGCUAGGCAAAGGCAUAGUCAACUGAGGGGAUUAGGAAAAUUUAAAAGAUCAGUGGUAAUGAUGUCUGCCUUACAAGUGCCUGGAUCAAGGCUGAUAGGUUUCUCAGGAUUACGUACUCUUAAUCCUUUGGAUACUAAGUCGAGACAUGUUCAAGAUUUGCAUUCAAAGGUGUUAACUGCUUCUUCUUCAAGGAGAGCAAGGGCUAGCAGAUGCAUACCUAAAGCCAUGUUUGAGCGUUUCACGGAGAAAGCAAUCAAAGUAAUCAUGCUGGCCCAGGAGGAGGCAAGACGACUUGGUCACAAUUUUGUUGGAACAGAACAGAUUCUAUUGGGGCUAAUUGGUGAAGGUACUGGAAUUGCUGCUAAGGUUCUAAAGUCUAUGGGGAUUAACCUUAAAGAUGCACGUGUAGAAGUUGAAAAGAUAAUUGGAAGGGGUAGUGGAUUUGUUGCUGUUGAGAUUCCAUUCACUCCCCGUGCAAAACGUGUUCUGGAACUCUCACUGGAUGAAGCUCGUCAGCUUGGUCACAAUUAUAUUGGAUCUGAACACUUGCUUCUUGGUCUCCUUCGUGAGGGUGAAGGCGUAGCAGCACGUGUUCUUGAAAACCUGGGUGCUGAUCCAGCUAAUAUUCGCACUCAGGUUAUCCGCAUGGUUGGUGAGAGUGCUGACAGUGUUGGUGCUACUGUAGGCUCAGGUAGUAGCAGCAAUAAGAUGCCGACUUUGGAGGAGUAUGGCACAAAUUUGACUAAGUUAGCAGAGGAGGGAAAAUUGGAUCCUGUUGUCGGAAGGCAGCAACAAAUUGAACGUGUCACUCAAAUUUUAGGUCGUCGUACCAAAAACAACCCUUGCCUUAUUGGAGAACCUGGUGUUGGGAAGACAGCUAUUGCUGAAGGUCUUGCCCAACGUAUUGCAAAUGGGGAUGUUCCUGAAACCAUAGAGGGAAAGAAGGUUAUAACCCUUGAUAUGGGACUGCUUGUAGCUGGAACUAAAUAUCGUGGAGAAUUUGAAGAGAGGCUGAAGAAACUAAUGGAGGAAAUCAAACAGAGUGAUGAGAUAAUACUAUUUAUUGAUGAAGUCCACACUCUGAUUGGAGCAGGAGCAGCUGAAGGGGCGAUUGAUGCUGCAAACAUAUUAAAACCAGCUCUUGCUAGAGGGGAAUUGCAGUGUAUAGGAGCUACGACACUGGAUGAAUACAGGAAGCACAUUGAAAAGGAUCCAGCUUUGGAAAGACGAUUCCAGCCAGUUAAAGUGCCAGAGCCAACUGUGGAUGAAACCAUACAAAUAUUGAGAGGACUUAGAGAGCGCUAUGAAAUUCACCACAAGCUCCGCUAUACUGAUGAAGCCCUUGUAGCUGCUGCACAGUUGUCACACCAAUAUAUCAGUGAUCGAUUUUUGCCUGAUAAAGCAAUAGAUUUGCUUGAUGAAGCUGGUUCUCGAGUCCGUCUUCAACAUGCACAGUUACCUGAAGAAGCAAAGGAACUUGACAAGGAGGUCAGGCAGAUUGUGAAGGAGAAAGAAGAAGCUGUACGCAACCAAGACUUUGAGAAGGCUGGAGAGCUACGAGAUAGAGAAAUGGAUCUCAAGGCACAGAUCUCAGCUCUUGUUGAGAAAGGCAAGGAGAUGAGCAAGGCAGAGAGUGAGGCAGGAGAUGCAGGUCCAGUUGUGACUGAAGUUGACAUACAACACAUUGUCUCUUCUUGGACAGGUAUUCCUGUCGAGAAAGUAUCAACAGAUGAAUCCGAUCGUCUUCUCAAGAUGGAAGAGACAUUACACAAGCGAGUCAUUGGUCAGGAUGAAGCAGUAAAAGCCAUUAGUCGUGCUAUCCGUCGAGCCCGGGUUGGAUUGAAGAACCCUAAUCGUCCAAUUGCCAGCUUCAUCUUUUCUGGGCCAACUGGUGUGGGAAAGUCUGAGUUGGCGAAAGCACUGGCUGCAUACUACUUUGGUUCUGAAGAAGCCAUGAUUCGGCUUGAUAUGAGUGAAUUUAUGGAAAGACACACGGUGUCAAAACUCAUUGGUUCCCCUCCUGGAUAUGUUGGUUAUACUGAGGGUGGUCAACUGACCGAGGCAGUUCGGCGUCGUCCCUACACAGUUGUACUUUUCGAUGAGAUUGAGAAAGCCCAUCCUGAUGUGUUCAAUAUGAUGCUUCAGAUCCUGGAAGAUGGAAGGCUAACAGACAGCAAGGGAAGAACUGUGGACUUCAAGAACACACUUCUUAUAAUGACAUCAAAUGUUGGAAGUAGUGUGAUUGAGAAGGGAGGCCGCAAAAUAGGAUUUGACCUCGAAUACGAUGAGAAGGACAGCAGCUAUAACCGAAUCAAGAGCUUGGUGACCGAGGAGCUGAAGCAAUACUUUAGACCAGAAUUUUUGAACAGGCUGGAUGAAAUGAUCGUUUUCAGGCAACUCACGAAACUUGAGGUGAAGGAGAUAGCUGACAUAAUGCUGAAGGAGGUGUUUGAGAGGCUGAAAGCUAAAGAUAUUGAUCUUUCGGUGACAGAGAGGUUCAGAGAGAGAGUGGUUGAGGAGGGCUAUAAUCCUAGUUAUGGGGCUAGGCCUCUAAGAAGAGCGAUAAUGCGACUUUUGGAGGACAGCAUGGCAGAGAAGAUGCUUGCUAGAGAGAUCAAAGAGGGAGACUCUGUUAUUGUGGAUGCUGAUUCUGAUGGCAAUGUGAUCGUGCUCAAUGGUAGCAGUGGUACCCCGGAUUCACUACCCGAGCCUCUUCCUGUGUAACGUUAAUGCCUUUGUCUAAGAUGUUUUGUGUUUGUUUCAUUUUGAACAUAGUCAGUCUUAGUUUUGUUUAGUUGUCAACAAUGAACCUACAGCUGUUCAUUUCAACACUGGUAGUCCGAGGGCGUGUUUUGCCCUUCACCAAGAAAGAAAAUAGAACAGGGACCAAUACCAUGACAAUGAGAACUUGCGCCGUACCUCGGAUAUUGUGCAUCAAUGUACAAUUUUAGUGGAAGCGGGAUGUCUUUACUCUUCCAAUCAUAAGCACGAUAUUCACUUAUUCA